AUUUUGAAAACUACUUUCUAGACGCCACGGGCGCCGUGGAAAAGGGAAACAGUUUGGUUCCUGUCAAUCCAAAGAGAUUUGUUUUACACAGGUAUAUAACAGUUACGUUAUUUGUUUGAAUUGACGAAUGUCAAGAUUCAUUCGAGCUGUUGAAAUGCUUGAGGAUGAAAGCAAUGAGGGGAAUGAAGCAGAAGAGUUUAUCGCACUCGCGGAUUUUGAGGCUGAUGGUGGUGAGCAGCUCAGUUUCUUAGCGGGCAACAUAUUAAUGGUCCAUGACAAGAAUUCAGAAGAUUGGUGGUGGGCUGAACUGCAUGGUCACUUUGGUUAUGUGCCAUCUAGCUAUUUACGGCAAAAAACUGAGGAUGAAGAAGUUGAAGAUGCUUGGCAAGAUGACGAAUAUUUCAGCAAUUAUGGGACAUUAAGGCUACAUUUGGAGAUGCUGUCAGAUAAACCCCGCACAGAAACAUACAGGCAGGUGAUCCUGAACAAUAGUGCUGCCCUGAAAGGAAAGGUGGUCAUGGAUUUGGGCUGUGGGACAGGGGUUAUCAGCCUCUUCUGUGCCCGUUUAGCACAACCUGCAGCGGUAUACGCUGUGGAGGCCAGCUCGAUAGCAGAACACACAGAGGAACUUGUGAAAAAGAACGGGUGCGAGGAGGUUAUAAAAGUGUUUCAGGACCGAGCUGAAAAUCUCACCCUGCCUGGGAAAGUUGAUGUUCUUGUGUCAGAGUGGAUGGGCAACUGUCUUCUGUUUGAGUUCAUGGUGGAGUCAGUGUUGCUGGCACGUGAUCGGUGGCUGAAGGAAGGAGGAAUGAUGUGGCCGUCCUCCGCCUGCCUUACUGUCAUCCCAUGCCAGGCCUUCUCGGACUACAGGCAAAAAAUGGAGUUCUGGGAGCAGCCAUAUGGAUUAGACUUCAGUUGUCUACACCCACUUGCACAGAAAGAGUUUCUCUCCAAGCCUAAGUUUAGCCAUCAUCUUUUACCUGAAGACUGUUUGUCCACUCCAUCUGAUGUUAUCACUCUUGAUAUGAGGACAAUGCAGGUCUCAGACUUGGAGAGGCUCAAAGGAGAGUUUAGUUUCACUAUCGAGAAGUCAGGCACGUUGCAUGGCUUCACUGUCUGGUUCAGUGCACAUUUCCAGAGUUUAGAAGAGGAUGGACCAUCACUGGAGUUAAACACAGGACCAUAUUCAGAGAUCACACACUGGAAACAGACUCUCUUUAUGCUGGAUACACCAGUGACAGUUGAGGAAGAAGAUGUAAUUGUGGGCUCCAUACGUCUUCAGAGAAAUCCGAUCUGGAGACGUCACUUGUCGAUCACGUUUUCAUGGACCAUAAAUGGCACAGAAGAUUCUAGGGUGAAUAAACCUUUCUUUGGAAGGGAGGCUUUAACCUUUCAUUUAUUAAAGAGCUUUUCUUUACAUUUUAAUUGUCAUUUAAAAUAUUUUUACAGGUUCAGACAAAGACAUUUCCAAUGUGGAGGUGACCUUGGGACAAGUCUAGGAACUUUUACAAUAAACACAGCCUUGAACUCUAGUUGCAUUUAUAUAAACAUGAAUACACAAAAUUUAAUAUACCACAAAUCUUACAUUUUAAAGGGGUCAUGACAUGCGUUUUAUUUUUGUUGUUUUUAUUAUUAUUUUAUGUUCCCUGAUGUUUUGUUUGUCAAAAAAUAUAGAAAUGUAAGUAAUUUAUGACCAUUUUCCACCCGGUUUUUCAUCCUCCGAUAUACGGUCUGUGCUUCCCCUUUAAGAGCGGUCGGCCUGGCUUGGUGUCACACCCACUUUGACAGCCUACAUGCUGCUGCUACAGUAGGCUGCUACUACCACAGUUUCAGUACAAAUACAGCUUUUCUUUUUAAGCAUGUUGUGUUUAUUUAUGUCGCAGACACCCAAACAAUCCUACAAGCACAACAAUAAAAGUUUUUACCACUAAAAGAUGCAUAUAAAUUAAUUACAGGUGAACACAGACAUCAUUCUCAGCUAGUGUGUACAAACAUUGCAAAGUUUUUACUCUUUUAAACAGAGAUGUGCACCCUUAAAGGGUUACCUCACCCAAAAAUAAAUGUCAUUAUUUACUCA